CAAGACGUAACCAUGGCUGACAACAGUACACUGGCAUCUGAAACUGGGAGGAGCCUCUUGGCUGAUUCUUCUGUUCUUGAUUCAAAAAUCGUAGAAACCUCCAAAGAGAAUGUGUUUCCUGGAUCUGGUUUGGAUGCUGAAGCAGAAAUGCCCCAAAUUGAAACAAGAGUGGUUUUGGUUCAGGAAGCAGGCAAGAAUGAGAAGCUUCUGAAAGCCUUGGAGACCGUUAAGAUAAUGGAAGUACCAGUUAUAAAGAUAAAGGAAACUAGUCCUGGUAAAUCAGAAGAAAAAUUAAUAAAAAGUAUUAUUCAUAUGGAAAUUAAAGUGCCCUACAUAAAGACAGACACCAUAGAAGAGCUUGGAGAUUCAGAUUCCCCAGAAUUUGAAACUAUCUUUGUUGUGUCAGACUUCCAAGAUUGUAUCUUUAACAACCUCUGCAAAGCAGACUGCCGUGUCAUUGGACCUCCAGUAGUGCUGCACUGUGCACAAAAAGGAGAGCCUUUACCUUUCUCCUGUCGUCCACUGUACUGUGCAAGUAUGUUGAACUUGGUACUGUGCUUUACAGGAUUCAGAAAAAAAGAUGAAUUAGUUAAGCUAGUGACCUUGGUUCAUCAUAUGGGUGGAAUUAUUCGAAGGGACUUCAGCUCCAAAGUUACACACCUGGUGGCUAACUCAACACAUGGAGACAAAUUCAGAGUUGCUGUAAGUCUUGGUACUCCUAUAGUGAAAGCUGAGUGGAUUUAUAAGGCUUGGGAGAAGAGAAAUGAAAUUGAUUUCUGUGCAGCUGAUGAUGACUUUAGGAAUCAGUUCAAGGUUCCUCCUUUCCAGGAUUGCAUGUUAAGUUUCCUUGGAUUCUCUGAUGAUGAGAAAGCUAACAUGGAAGAAAUGACAGAAAUGCAAGGAGGACAUUAUUUACCCGUUGGUGAUGAAAGGUGUACGCACUUAGUGGUUGAAGAAAGCACAGUAAAAGAUCUUCCAUUUGAACCUUUAAAAAAACUUUAUGUUGUAAAGCAAGAGUGGUUCUGGGGAAGCAUUCAAAUGGAUGCCAGAGCUGGAGAGUCCAUGUAUUUAUUUGAGAAGUCGGAGAGUCCUGGCCUCAAGAAGUCUGUGUCACUGCUUUCUCUCAACACUCCAAACAGCAAUCGCAAAAGACGUCGUUUGAAAGAGACCCUGGCACAACUGACCAGAGAAGCAGACAUAUCACCAUUCCCUCCUCGGAAACGGCCCUCAGCUGAACAUUCCCUUUCCAUUGGCUCCCUGCUGGAUAUUUCUAAUACUCCAGAGUCGAGCAUUAACAAUGGAGAAACCCCAAAAUCCUGUGCGAGGCCUUCCAAAAACUCAACUCCUCUUCCACUAAAGCAGUCUGCAAGAUGGCAGGUUGCAAAGGAAUUGUAUCAGACAGAAAGUAACUACGUUGACAUACUAACAACAAUCAUUCAGUUAUUUCAAGUUCCAUUGGAGAAGGAAGGACAACUUGGAGGUCCAAUUCUUGCACAGGAAGAAAUUAAGACCAUAUUUGGCAGCAUUCCAGAUAUUCUUGAUGUGCACACUAAAAUCAAGGAAGACCUGGAAGAUCUUAUGGUGAAUUGGACUGAAAGCAGAAGUAUUGGUGAUAUCAUUCUUAAAUAUUCAAAAGACUUGCUGAAAACAUACCCUCCAUUUGUGAAUUUCUUCGAAAUGAGCAAGGAGACUAUUACUAGAUGUGAAAAACAAAAGCCAAGGUUUCAUGCUUUCCUAAAGAUAAACCAAGCAAAGCCUGAAUGUGGCCGCCAAAGCUUAGCUGAACUCCUUAUCCGUCCUGUUCAAAGGCUGCCUAGUGUUGCUCUGCUACUAAAUGAUAUUAAGAAACAUACGGCAGAAGAGAACCCUGAUAAAGUAACUCUAGAGAGAGCUAUUGAAUCAUUAAAGGAAGUGAUGACACAUAUUAAUGAAGACAAAAGAAAAACAGAGGCUCAAAGGCAGUUCUUUGAUGUCGUCUAUGAAGUUGAUGGAUGUCCAGCCAAUCUCUUGUCCUCUCACCGAAGCUUAGUUCAACGUUUGGAAACCGUAGCGCUUGGUGACGACCUUUGUGACAGAGGAGAACAGGUCAAUGAUUGCCUAGAGAUUGCAAGGAAACGGCAUAAAGUUAUUGGUGCUUUCAAGAGUCCUCAUGGCCACACAAGGCCUCCUGCAUCUCUCAAGCAUGUUGUUCUCAUGCCUCUCUCCCAGAUCAAGAAAGUUCUAGACAUCAGGGAGACAGAAGAUUGCCAUAAAGCUUUUGCCUUAGUUGUGCGGCCACCUACAGAACUCAACAACAAGCUGCUCAGUUUCCAGAUGACAACUGAAGAACCUCCUAAAGAAGACUGGUUGAAGAUGUUGUGUCGGCAGGUGGCUAACACUAUUUGUAAAGCAGAUGCAGAAAAUCUCAUUUAUACUGCUGAUCCUGAUUCUGUUGAAGUAAACACUAAAGAUAUGGACAGUACUUUAAGCAGAGCAUCCAGGGCAAUAAAGAAAACAUCAAAAAAGGUCACAAGAGCAUUUUCCUUCUCAAAAACACCAAAGAGAGCUCUUCGAAGGGCUUUAAUGUCACACAGUGCAACAGAAGGAAGAAGUCCCAGCUCAGCUAAGGAGGGUUACAUGGGCAGCCGGCUGCCUAGCACGUCCUCAUUAGCGGGUAUUCCUUCUCCUUCCUUGGUCAGUCUUCCCUCCAUCUUUGAAAAAAGGAGUCACACGUUAAGUCGAUCAACAACCCACUUGAUCUGA